ACACUGACUGUAGCUCCCCCUGCAGGUGAGCAGGCAGAACUGCUGAGUCUGAGGCAGCAAGCCCAGGAGCUGGUCGCCGAGAACGACAGCCUGAAGAUGACCGUCCAUCGCCUCAACGUGGAGCUCAGCCGCUACCAGACACGCUUCAGACCCCUGGGCAAAGAAGAGAGCUCCAGGACCCAUGGCCUUCCACUUAAAGGAUCUGCUCCACCCUGGCUGCUGGACAUGAAGUAUUUAUCUCCAUUGUUGCUGGCUUAUGAAGACCGGCUCACUGAGAAAGAUGCUCUCCUACAGGCCUCGGAGGAGGAGUUGAGAAGGUUCCGGGUCCGUGUGGAGGAGGUGGUGCAGGAGAACCAGAAACUACACCAGGACCUGAAACAGACAGGAGGAGUCAGCCACAAGGAGUGGAGGCAGCUCCAGGAGCAGGCCCGUCUGGUACUUCAGGAGAACCAGGUCCUGAUAGAGCAGCUGGAGGUGCAGCAUACUAAGGCUAAGGACAGUCAUGGGAGACAUUUGACUGAAGUCUCUAAGGUGUGUAAGCAGCUGAUGUUGCUGGAGGCAGAGAAGCAGCGGCUGGAGGGGGAGCUGGAGGUAACGAGGAGAGAGCUCCACACUCUGCAGACAGAUCACCUCCAGGCACGGUGCAGUCUGGAGAAUGCUGUCAGCUGGGACGAACACCACGCCAUCGCCACCAAACUCAAACG